AAGCAGAAAGCUGUUUAUUUUCUGUUACAUCACUUCACUUUGCCUUCGAAGGCUGGUCUGCGCUCAGUGUUUUCCUGGUGAUGCAAGUCGGCUCUCUCCUCCGGCAGUUGGAUCCCUCCCAUCUCGCAGCACCUCACAGGUCUCUUCCCCGAGCAGUGCAUUGCUGAAUCGAGGAGCAGCUCACGAAUCAGCUGCAGGUCCCCGUUUUGAAAAGCAGAGAUACAGAGGCAAAGGGAAAGGGUGGACUCCUAUGUGACCUGAUCUCAGAGCAAGACAAUCACCAGCUGAAUUCCAGAAGCCCUGUUCAUGUUUGGGGAGAUUUUUCCGACUGCAUGGAAUCAGAGAGAAGCCAAAGGAUGGGAAAUGCCUGCAUCCCCCUGAAAAGAAUUGCUUAUUUCCUAUGUCUCUUAUCUGCGCUCUUGCUGACUGAGGGGAAGAAACCAGCGAAGCCAAAAUGCCCUGCCGUGUGUACUUGUACCAAAGAUAAUGCUUUAUGUGAGAAUGCCAGAUCCAUUCCACGCACCGUGCCUCCUGAUGUUAUCUCAUUAUCCUUUGUGAGAUCUGGUUUUACUGAAAUCUCAGAAGGGAGUUUUUUAUUCACACCAUCGCUGCAGCUCUUGUUAUUCACAUCGAACUCCUUUGAUGUGAUCAGUGAUGAUGCUUUUAUUGGUCUUCCACAUUUAGAGUAUUUAUUCAUAGAAAACAACAACAUCAAGUCCAUUUCAAGACAUACUUUCCGGGGACUAAAGUCAUUAAUUCACCUGAGCCUUGCAAACAACAAUCUCCAGACGCUCCCAAAAGAUAUUUUCAAAGGCCUGGAUUCUUUAACAAAUGUGGACCUCAGAGGGAAUUCAUUUAAUUGUGACUGUAAACUGAAGUGGCUGGUGGAAUGGCUAGGCCACACCAAUGCAACUGUCGAAGACAUCUACUGCGAAAGCCCUCCAGAAUACAAGAAGCGCAAAAUCAAUAGCCUCUCCUCCAAGGAUUUUGAUUGUAUCAUUACAGAAUUUGCAAAGUCUCAAGAGCUGCCUUAUCAAUCACUGUCCAUAGACACUUUUUCUUAUAUGAACGAUGAGUAUGUAGUCAUUGCUCAGCCUUUUAAUGGAAAAUGCAUUUUCCUUGAGUGGGACCAUGUAGAAAAGACCUUCCGGAAUUAUGACAACAUUACAGGCACGUCCACUGUAGUAUGCAAGCCCAUAGUCAUUGAAACUCAGCUCUAUGUUAUUGUGGCCCAGCUAUUUGGCGGCUCUCACAUCUACAAACGAGACGGUUUUGCAAAUAAAUUCAUAAAAAUCCAGGAUAUUGAAAUUCUCAAAAUCCGAAAACCCAAUGAUAUUGAAACAUUCAAGAUUGAAAACAACUGGUACUUUGUUGUUGCUGACAGUUCAAAAGCUGGUUUUACUACCAUUUACAAAUGGAAUGGAAAUGGAUUCUACUCCCAUCAAUCCUUACAUGCGUGGUACAGGGACACUGAUGUGGAAUACCUAGAAAUAGCCAGAACACCUCAGGCACUGAGAAUGCCUCAUUUAAUCCUGUCCAGUAGUUCCCAGCGUCCUGUAAUUUAUCAGUGGAACAAAGCAACACAAUUAUUCACUAACCAAACUGACAUCCCUAACAUGGAGGAUGUAUAUGCUGUAAAGCACUUCUCAGUGAAAGGUGACGUGUACAUUUGCUUGACAAGAUUCAUUGGUGAUUCCAAAGUAAUGAAAUGGGGAGGCUCCUCAUUUCAGGAUAUUCAGAGGAUGCCAUCACGAGGAUCUAUGGUGUUCCAGCCUCUUCAGAUAAAUAACUAUCAAUAUGCAAUUCUUGGAAGUGAUUAUUCUUUUACUCAAGUGUAUAACUGGGAUGCAGAGAAAGCCAAAUUUGUGAAAUUUCAGGAAUUAAAUGUUCAGGCACCAAGAUCAUUCACACAUGUGUCCAUUAAUAAACGCAAUUUUCUUUUUGCUUCCAGUUUUAAGGGAAAUACACAGAUUUACAAACAUGUCAUAGUUGACUUAAGCGCAUGACACACAAAUUCUGUGGCUGCCAUCAGAAACUUUCUACAGUACAUGGUCCGGAUGAACUCAAUGCAUGAUGACUCUUCUUAUCCCACUUGCAAAUGAAUGCCUUUCAAACAUUGAGACUGCUAGAACCAAGCACUACCAGUAUCCCCAUCUUUAACUGUCCAGUCCAGUGGUGUGGGAAGUUACCUUUUAUAAGAGAAAAUUGAAUUGUGUAACUGUUCUUUGCAGUGAAGGUGUGUAAAUAAGCAUUUAAUGAUAUCUGUUACUCCAAAAAGAAAUAUUAAUAUGUACUUUUCCAUUUAUUUAUUCAUGUGUUCAGAACUGCCAAAUAAAAUGUUUACAUUUUCUUUUAUAUCCCAAGGUAA